GCUCAUUCAUUAGGUUGACGUAACAAACCAAUAUAACUUAGUUGUAUGUAUCCGUUUUCAACUCUCAAAGACUGUGGUGGAGAAUCCAACAAUGCAGACCAUGGAUAUUGAUGACGACACGUAUCCCAACAAGCCCAGUGUUACAUUUUCAGCUAAUUUUCAGUGGUGGAAGAGACCCUCUGGAGUUGCUGCAGUGUGUCUGGGGCUGCUGUGUGUUCUCCUACUGGCUGGGAUCAUGGGCUUGUCUGUCUACUGUAAGUUUAGAAGGACCACAGAGAGAGACCAGCUACAAAAUAGUCUAAAUACCAGGACCAAAGAGAGAGACCAGCUACAAAAUAGUCUCACCACAAGGACCAAAGACAGGGACCAGCAGAAAGAUAGACUUAACGUUAUGACUGCUGAAAGGGAUCAAUUAAAUAAUAAUCUUAAUUCAAGGACCAAAGAGAGAGACCAGUUGAAGAAUAGUCUAAAUACCAGGACCACAGAGAGAGACCAGCUACAGAAUAGUCUCACAACCAAAACUAAGGAGAGAGACCAGUUGCAGAAUAAUCUCACCACAAUAACUCUGGAGAGAGACCAGUUACAGAAUAGUCUAAAUACCAGGACCACAGAGAGAGACCAGCUACAGAAUAGUCUCACAACCAAAACUAAGGAGAGAGACCAGUUGCAGAAUAGUCUAAAUACCAGGACCACUGAGAGAGACCAGUUAAAUACCAGCCUUUGGUCCUAUGAGAAACCCUGUCUGAAUGAAUGGUGGAAGUUUGGCACCAGCUGUUAUUAUGUCUCCUCCACGAGGGACUCAGGCGGGGACGGUCAGCGGCAGUGCAGAGUAAUGGGUGCUGACUUGGUUGUUAUAAACAGCAGAGAAGAACAGAUAUUUAUCAAUGGAUUUAAGAAGAAUGUCUGGAUUGGUGCAUAUAAAAAAGACGGAAUCUGGAAGUGGGUUGACGACACAGCAUUUAAACCUACCUAUUGGAUGGAAGGGGAACCAAGUAACUUGAAUGACAAGGUGGCUUGUAUUGAGAUCUCACAGAUGGCAUCAGACCCAUUGAAGAGUUGGAAGG